GGCUGAGCUUCAUAUAGUUAUUGCAGAAGUGUAAUUUCUCCAUUAAAUAUAACCGAAGGGGGGGGGGGAGGAUGGAGGAAGUGGUGUGGUUAUGGUGCCAAGCUUGCUUCUUUAAUGGCACACACCCAAAAAAAAUAAAAGGAAUAAAAAGCAAAAAUAACCGCGUUACUAAAAGGCAAAAAAAUAAAUAAAAGAAAAAAAGCUCAGCCCUUUCGUAUCACUUAGCGCCAAUCCCACGAAGAAGACAUUUAGGCGCCCAAUUUUGUAAAACUUGAGCAGUUGGACGAGUGAGCACGAAGUCGCACAGAUUCGACGUCAUUCCCACCCAAAGCCGUUGGCGAAUCGCGAAUUGCCGAGCGCACUGCGCAUGCGCGCUACGUGACCCAGUGCGACUUUAACCGUUUGGAUCCUGAAAGAAGCAGGCGCAGCACAAUGGAGCUCAGCGAAUGGGUUAACUGAAGCCCUCUAGAGGUAAAUAUCAGAGAAUAGUAGUUCAAAACGCGUUUACCGUCGCCGAUUUCGUAACCACGAACCCUGUGCACCGGUUUCGAUUGUUUUCACUGCAAAUUAGUUUCUUUAAUAAACUAACAUGCUGCUCGGGGAGGGUGGGGGAGACUCGGCACAGGCCUCGCCGAUAUAGAGUCCUCUUUGACCUGUCCUACUCCGUGUCUACAUAUGGAGACCGCCGCCACCGAUUGCCUUGGAGUUUAGCCACUUCGGUGGGGCUGGUUUACGGGGGCCGCCUAUCCCUGGUACUUGCUGGCCGGUGUGGAUCUCGCUAGUUACCUUUCACGUUCUCACUCCCAGAGGCGGAUACUUGGCCACGAGUUUAAACAAACAGCUGGUCGUCCACUCCGACAGUGGAGUUACGGAGAAUUCAAUGUAAGAACGAUUUUUGUUUUCUGAUGAUUUAGAAUGAAUCAAGAACCACUUCCUGUUUGGUGCUGUUUUUUUUGUUACGUGCUAUGGAGGUAAAGGGAAGUAAUGUGGGGUUUUUACGUACGUGAGGGAAAGCGUUAUCAGCUGUGUAAUUGAACGCAGAGCUGUUCAUCUGGUUACACCAGUGCAUUGUUUAACCCCUUAAUGACUGACUUAGAAUACUUGCCAGUUUCCUUGCGUUAUAGGGACUUUGUUCUGCAUUUUUUUUAUACUGUACUUUUAUGCUUUUUCCAGUAAAGUUAAUUGUUUUAACGGCAAGCAUUUCCAUAAAAAAAAUAACUUGUUUAUUAUAGAUGUAAUUUCGAUUUCUUUAUUUUUUUUUAAAAAAAUUAUUUUGUUUUCUUAACACCUACCUCCUUUUGAAGUGGCACUGCUACCACUAUGAUCCAGGCUCUGUUGGUGCUGCAAUAAUGUACCUUCUGCUCGUCUCCUAAACUAUUAUCCCUGCUUGAAAAACAUCACCAACUAGGACACUGGAAAUGUCAUAUUUUGCCAUAAGCAUUUGUGUAAUUACCCCGGGUGCACUUUUUCCAGUGAUGCUGACCUGCUCAUUGCCAGCACAUAGGAGUCGGAACGGGGUAACCUGUACCAAAGUUAUAGGUUAAAUGAAAAGGCUCUCGUGUAGAGGAAACGUGUUGACCUUUUUAAUCUGGACUACUCUUAUGUAUGGGAUCUGCCUGAUAUGCCAGUGGCAUAGGCUCUCUGUGAUGGCACAAAAAAUAUAUAUUUUUGUAUGUAUAUAAACAUGUUUUUAUUAAGGUGAAUGUGGAAUAGACUUGGCUUAAAUAUAUAAAACACAUGAAGAACAAUGUAAGGUGCUAUCACACCUUACAGAACUAUACACACUAUACAGAAACCUAGAGAGGUGUAAACAUAAAAUGUAAACCGCAUUAACCGGCAGAUUUAAAGAAAGGAGACUAACAUAGCAAAUGUUAAAUCUUCCGCUGUCAUAUGCUUGCAACAUAAAAUACCACUGGGUUUUCAAGUAGCAACAAGCGGCUAGACAGUAUAGACUGAGAGACUGGUACAUGAUUAAUGUAGAUUCUACAGCCAGGACAGAGAGGAGAGCUCAGCCGAUGCCUACUUCCAAAAAAAGUCUGCCACGAUAAUAAGGUGCGAGUCCUCCCCCCAGCCCAAGAACUGUCACAAUGCACUCACUUAUCCAUUAGUGUAUGGCAUCUAGGGAUCUUCCCACCUAUUGCAUCCAAUGCUAUAGAGUGGGGAUGUCCUGAUGGUGUGACUGUGCACAGGGGCUCGUCCGGAUAGUGGCCUUAGUGAGUGGUGGCGAGGCUGGGAACUGGACACCUGGUAAUGUGCUGACCACAGCUUCCGCCCCUGUUUAAGCUCUGCGGUACCUUGCUGGAGACACAUGGAGUAAGCUUUUACUUGUGCCAUCAAGAGAGGAAGGUUGAGAGUCUAUGGCAUGGAGUUUAGGUAAGGUACCAACGGCUUGUUGGUGAAGUGUAUAUUAAAAUUGUGAGCAUAUUCAAUCAGUGGCUUGAGUAAGCGGGCCCAGAGCAGCUACCAUCUUGAAGAGUAUGCCUCGAAGCACCCAACUGCGCUGGACUGCAAAAGUCUCUCAGAGGAGGCUAGGUAAGCUAGCCAUAAGGGACCAGAAUAUCUCCUGUUGGUACAUGGCAGGGACUAAAGGAAAAAAUCAGGCACGUCCUGGACAGAGGAUCAUCUGCCUUCCCCACCUCAAAUGUAUCUGCAGAGAAGACCAACACUGGCAAUACCUAGUGGGUCCAACUGAAUGCAGACCAGACAUUUGGCUUGGUAUUCCCUGGUAGAUCAGGAUAUCUUCUGAACAUAGUGCAUUUUCACAGGGUAAAAAGCUUAAUAUCAGACUUUCCUUCAGGAGCAGCAGCUAUAUGCGACUGUCUCGGUCGAUUCUCAGGCACCUACUCAUAAUACUUUUUUGCCAUCUGAGUAGAGACUAAAUGAAGUUUAUGCUAUUAAAGUGACUCUCACGUUCUGGAGUGACCACCGAUGGUGACAUUGCUGCUUGGUGUGCAGCAGACUGAGAGUACAGGGGAAGGCAGAUUCUACUUAAGUGAAGCUGUUCAUGCUGGCCGCUAUCAUCUGCCAGGAGCCUGUGUCAGUGCUGUACAACACUGAUGUCUAAGGAGGCUUCUUUCUUAUGACGCCUCCAUAGACCAUGCCUUUUUCUGCAAAGCCAUCGCUAGUGAAUUCUGGGGGAAUUGACAAAAUCUGAUAGUGAUAGUUCUGCCUGUUAUCAAGUUUUGUCAAGCAGAGGGAAAAUACAUAAUACAAAGUAUGUGAUCACUUUUUUAAAUCCGUUUUCUGUUUGAGUAACUAUAAUCAUAUGUGUCUUCCAAACUAUGCAGUGAAUGCAUGGUUAACUUUAUUUCUCUUGCUAAAUAAAGUUUUUGUUUUUUUUUUGGACAAGUUCCAGAUACACAUUUUGGUAACUUACUUACACAAUAGCAAAACUAUUUAUUGAACGUAAAUCAGGCCAAACUCAUAUAUAUGAAAACUAGCACAUAUGUGAAUUGAUAAGUUAGGCUAAACUGCUGCAAGUAAUUCAGUAUUUAUCAUCUGAAAUGGUUAUCGUAUAAGUGCAUUAAUGCUUAUUGAGUACUAUAAUGCUUGUUUUUCUUUACAGAAGCCACUGGAAUUGUGCAAUUUAGAAGAAAGUACUAGUCUCAAACAAAGAAAUCCCAUUUAUUUACUAUAGCUUUUGGACUUGCAAAACAUGGCACUACAACCUGAAAAGAAAAAAGGCAGGUCUUUAAGCCUUGCAGGUAUUGCACAAAUCUCAAAUGACAUCUCAAGGAAGUUCUUGGACCGCAGUGACCUGUCAAGACUUUUGCGUAUCACUUCUAGUUCUCUUAAAGACCACAUUCAAGUUCUUGCAGAAUUGGAUAACUUUUUGAUUGCUGACCCGCUUGCCAAAAUAAAAUUGGUUUUUGUGGAGGACACUGUGUUUGUAAAAAACAUCUUUGUAAUAUCCUCCAAUAUGCAAGAAAUUUCUCAAAAAUUCCCUGAACAUCUCUAUAUAGAUCUCUUAAGUAAUGUUUGCCCUGGCUUUGACUUGUACACAGUGUCCUGUGAAGAUGAUAACUCGGAUUGGAAGAUAUGUGCCAGUUGUAUAUCAAAAGCAAAUAAUUCUGAUGUAUUGCGGUUUUUAGUUGUGUCUGUCUUGCAAAGUAUUCCUAAAAUGAAAUCUCAGAUCAAGUAUAUAACAAUACAUCCAGCAAUAAGAGAUUCACUAGACAUGGGCACACUUUUACCAAAUGCAACAAUAAGACACUGUAUUUUGUUAAUUGUGCAAGUUAUAGAAAAAAAAAUAUCUCACCUUCAGUUGGCUACCCAGGCUCAAAUUAAAUCAAUAUUUAAUAUUCUGCUCAAUACACGGUCAUUGAAAGUCUACAAUCGGCACUUAAAUGAGUUAAAGGGACUUUGUCCUGCUGAGGUUUUUCAGUACUACCUUGAUACAUGGCAUCCAAGCAGAAAACAGUGGUAUGCAAAGGACAACAAGAAAGCGAAAACGGAGAAGACAAUUGUUGCCUAUGUUAUGUCUUUGCAUUAUACACUUGGAACAGAAAUUAAUAGUUCAUUUUCAUUAACCGAUUGCCUUCGUGUUAUCCUUAAUGACACUCGUGAAUUAAAAAGCGUGCCAGAUGUUUUACCUUCUGUGGAACCUCAACAUGUGCCUGAAGUACCUUCAACUGUUAAAGAAGAGGUAAGUUUUAGUGUUGUAAAAAAAUGUAAACCCCUUUUAAGGACAGCAUUUUACACUGUUUUUGCAGCUAAUCACUAUUAGAUGUAUUCGCUUAUUUGUCUUGAUUUUUGGAACAAUACAUAGUUACAUAAUAAGCUAGGUUGAAAAAAAGACUCAAGUCCAUAGCCUUCUAAUUUUUUAAAACAAAUUUGUUUAAAAUAAUUGGCAAUUGCUUUCCCAAUUUGAAGCAAUGGCAAUUUUUUCACACAAAGGCGAAACAAUCCAUUUUGACUCCAUAAUUGCAAUCCGAUUCUUUUUUUUUGUUUGUUUGUUUGUUUGUUUUUUUUUUAUUAUUAUUUAUUUAUUUUUUCUUGAAUCAACCAACUGUUAACAUACAUGUUACUUAUAUUCUUUUUUUUUUUUUUUUUCAAAAGGCAUCCAGGCCUUUUUGAAAAAUAUCUUUAAUAUCUAUAAUUUGAUAAGACAUCAAUAUAGUUCCACGUCUUUAUUCUUACUGUUAAGAUCCUUUUCCUCUGCUGUAAGCGACAUCUUUCUUCCAGGCUCAAUGUAUAACCUCUUGUCUAUUGCAUGUCCCUUCUAACGACCAGGUUAUCACCUGGCAUUUUAUUCUGAUCCUGUACAGUGCUUUCAUAUCCUAUCCUUUUUAUUUUUUUUUUUUUUCCACCCCCUUAUUCAUUUUAUAAUUCUCAUCUACACUUCUGCAAUACCUCUCUUUAAAAUUUAUAAAGAGGCAAUAUUAUAUUUGGAUCACGUGAAUCAAAACCUUUUUUUUAUACUUGAAAGCACUUAUUAGCUUUUGCAACAGCAAACCAGCAUUGCAUACUGUUGCCUAGUUAGUCAUCUAUAAUUGUUCCCAAGUCCUUUUCAUUUAUUUGUAUCCAUAACUCUACCUCAUUUAAUGUAUAAGUCCCUUGUCCUUAUUCCAAAGUACAUUACUUUGCAUUAAUUUGUAUUUAAUCUCAUGUGCCACAUGCCUGCCCAGUCCCAAAAUUUACCCAAAUCCCUCUGUGGAUACGUUAUAUCAUGUUCAGACUGUAUUAUCUUACCUUGGUUUGUAUCAUCUGCAAACACAGACAAAUGAUUUUUAUUGCCCACUUUAAGAUCAUUUAUAUGCAGAUUAAAGAGAAGUAGACCGAGGAUAGAACCCUGAGGCACUCGAUUUACCACUUUGGUCUAAUUUGAAAAUUUUCCACUUCCAAUCUCUUUCUGCACUUUGUCUUUAAAUGGUUAUACUAAACAUCAUAACUACUUUCAGAGUGCUGUAGUAGCUAUGAUGUCAGGAGUACCCUGGCCCGAUUCCCUAGUAACAGGGAUAAUAAAUGUUCUUGGAUAAAUGGCAUACUUCUAUCCAUGAACAAAAUGUCAUGUAAACCAACCAAUUUCAGCUUUAAUAUUAGCCUUUUGUGUGAAACUGUACCAAAUGCUUUAGCAAAAUCUAAGUAUAUCACAUCCACUGAAAUAUUACAAUCUAUAUACCAACUAACUUCUUCAUAGAAUACGAUUAAGUUAGUUUGGAUUGAUCAUAUGAAUUGAAACUGUAAAACUAUGUUGAUUCUAACUAAUUAUAUUGUUAAAAAUUAAUAAUUGAAUACUACCCCUUAACAGCCGUUCAUACAGUGGUAUAUAUUUUACACUAAGCUCCCUAAAUACUCGUGGCUGAAAUCAAUUUGACCUUGGGGCGUUGUUUAUAUGCAACUGAUCACCUGUUUACUGUAAGGUUUUUGUAAAUGAUAUCCGAAUUAUAGAUUCUUCUUUGCUAUAUACUAAAGAAAACAAAAUAUUUCAAAUUUCUUCUUUGUUUUGAUUUUCUUAAAUUAGCAGACCCAUCUCAGAUUCCAGUGGAUCAACACUUUUUUUAAUUUUCUAGCUUAGACCAUCUAAUUGCCCUUUUGCAAGCCCUGUUGGCAUGCUCGAUUUUGUUAUAGGAUGCUAUUGACCAAUCUAAUUUUAAAUGUCCUUUUCUUAUUUUUCAUGUUAAUGGUAUAUGUUGAGAAAUGUUUUUGUAGAAUUCAUUUUUACCUUCCAUUUAUCCUCUGCAAAUUUUUUCAGUUAAUAGUUCUUGCCAGAGAGUGGUUUUAAAGGAGCCCUUAAAGGAACACUAUAGUCACCUAAAUUACUUUAGCUAAAUAAAGCAGUUUUAGUGUAUAGAUCAUUCCCCUGCAAUUUCACUGCUCAAUUCACUGUCAUUUAGGAGUUAAAUCACUUUGUUUCUGUUUAUGCAGCCCUAGCCACACCUUCCCUUGCUAUGAUUGACAGAGCCUGCAUGAAAAAAAAAAACUGGUUUCACUUUCAAACAGAUGUAAUUUACCUUAAAUAGUUGUUUCUCAAUCUCGAAAUUGAACUUUAAUCACAUACAGGAGGCUCUUGCAGGGUCUAGCAAGCUAUUAACAUAGCAGGGGAUAAAAUCUUAAUUAAACAGAACUUGCAAUAAAGAAAGCCUAAAUAGGGCUCUCUUUACAGGAAGUGUUUAUGGAAGGCUGUGCAAGUCACAUGCAGGGGAGGUGUGACUAGGGUUCAUUAACAAAAGGGAUUUAACUCCUAAAUGGCAGAGAAUUGAGCAGUGAGGCAGCUGCCCAAUCUAGUAAGCCCUGGUGAUACAACUCAAAAAAACACUUUAAUUAUAAAAAGAUUGGUGCGCAUCAAAACAAUAAAUAUUAUAAUACCCACUAAUGAUACUUAUGUGAAAUACUCAGACCCCACACACGUGACACUGGGUGAUGAAUAUUACAUACAGUGAUAGUAAAGAAGUAGUGAGACAAACGUAUAUGCCAAAUUAAAAUAAUGAUCUGUGGCAAAAUAGUGCAGGGAAAUUCACAACAAAUAUACUUGCACAAACCGCUUCUGGCUACCCAACGAAUUUGUGCUACACUGUUUUUAAGGAAUACUUAAACAAUUUUGUUACCUUGUGUCUGGCUGCAAGUGUAUCCAUCGGAUCCCACGCUCACCAGGGUCUGAUUCCCCCAGAGCCCUAUAGUGGAGAGUGGUACUUUUACCACCCCAAUCUUGUGUCUCCAAUUCUGAGCAUUCUUUUUUUUAUCAAUUGUGAUUUUACUUUACAUAUUGCACUAGUUUUUUUUUUUCUAUUUAUUUAUAGAUUCAAUGACUGUGAAGCUGUUUGUGCAAGUAUAUUUGUUGUGAAUUUCCCAGCACUAUUUUGCUACAGAUCAUUGUUUUAAUUUGGCAUAUAAGUUUGUUUCACUACUUCUUUAAUAUCGCUGUAUGUAAUAUUCAUCACCCAGGGUCACAUGUGUCUGGGUUCUGAGUAUUUCACAUAAGUAUUUUCAGUGGGUUUUAGAAUAUUUAUUGUAUUUAUGCGGACCAAUCUUUUUAUAAUUAUACUAUAUAAUUUUUCAUUUAUUUUUAUUAGGUCUGCGACCCUCGGGAGGUUCAAAUCAAAUGCUUUCCCACUAGACCAACACUAACCAAAACAUUAAAAAAAAUAUUUGAAACUAGCAGAUGUUAAAUUUUAUUGUUUGUGUGUAUUGUAAUUGGCUUGUGCAGGGCAGAACGGCACAAAGGCUUUACAAAGCUUUCUCCUGGCUGAUAAAUUUCAUCGGUGUAUUUAAUGUAACUUAAAUUUUUGUUGUUGGUAUUCAUAAAUAGUGUCAGCUAUGUAAAGUUAACUCCUUUGUCACAGCUGUUCUUUAUAAUUUAACAAACUUGUUGACAUCAAUUAGUUCUUAAGAAGGCUUAUAUAUAUGCAGUUACUAUGCAUACACACUACAAACAGUCGACAAACUUACACAUGCACUAUCCACAGCCAGCACAAAUCACCCUUUACAGACUGCUAUGGGGGCAGACACUUUCCAGGUUAUUUACAAAACUCUGAAUGUUUACAAAUCAAAUCUGUUUCCUCCUACUUAAAUGUCUACCAUAAGGCUUCCAGAUCUUCAUCUGUAUUAUUGCAUACCAUUUUUUUUACCAAUUGGAUUAAAUUCAGGUUGGAUUUGUAAACAUGCCAUUCCCCCUUUUCUAUUGUUUUUAUCCUUUCUAAAUAAUGCAUAUCCAUUGAAAGUAACAGCUUGAACUUCAUAAUCUCAAGUAUGUAUGUAUGUAUAUGUGUAUGUCUCUUUAUGGCUCACAAAGAAACUAAAGAUAUAAUUUACCUGUAAAUAUAACCACUUCUAAGGCUGUAAAUGCAUAAUUUAUCAUAGCGUUGAACCUAGCACAAUUGUUUUUAAAGGUAGUUUAUAACUUGAUCAUUGGUUUCCCUGCUUCUGUUUGUUAUGAUUCACAUAGUAUGUGUAAGUUAAAAUAAAUUAGUAGUUUUGUGUCUUUUAUAGAUGUUUGAUGAAAAUCCACCAAACGAAUUGGAACACAUGGAGUUCUACAGUUGGGAAGCUUUCCAUACAUUCUUGAGCUCCUGGUGUAAAGAGCGCAAAGUUAUUUUUGUUAUUCGCCAUUCAGAGCUCCUCACCAGUGAGGAUGUGAACGAAGAGCUGAUUCAGUCUCUUAAGUACAGUGCAGUUAAUCUUGGAUGCACCAGUUACACCAGGUAAAUUGAUGUAGAUUAGCGUUUCUUGUGCAGAGCAUGUGUUUGCUACUGCUUGCUAUGUGUGUAUGUAUAUACUGUUGGCAGUGCAAAUUGCCAUAUUAUGCUCAAGGUAGGUACCAUAUCUGAUUUACCAGUGCAAUGUUAAAAAGUUGAAUUGCUUUUGGGCACAAUGUUGUUGUUUUGUGAUUUUGUUUUUGUUAAUUGAAUUUACAAUGCCUGUAACCAAGGAUUUGCUCCUGUAAGAAAGGGUAAUCAUGCUAAGACCAAAAUUGUCAGAGAUAUUUGAGAUAAAUCUACUACCCUUGGAAUGUAUUGUUUGUGUUCAAUUAAGGUUCACUCAUUGAAAUUUUGGGAAAUGUUUUUGGAAGCGCUAGGGCGGUGAUCGGUGAGUGCUAGGGUUUUCCGUAAAUGUUUCCUUUUUUAUUUCAUCUGCUAUGGUUGAUGUAAUUUUUGUUGUAAUAUAGUUCUCAAUGACAGUGAUUUUUCUUCUUAAUAAAUGUCCUUUAUUAUAUUAUACUUUCUACCCUCAAAACAACUUCAGAUCCUUUAAGGUGGUUGGUUUUUUUGAAAGCUGGAAUCCCUGGCAUCAUAUUACCUUAAAAGGGGCACUCAGGUCACCAUAACAACAUUGUCUAAAUUAAGUUGCUUACAAUCAACCAAUCAGAGUUAUGAGUCAAAUUACACAGCAUGGGAAAAUUCCAAAGAAAUUUCCUAUGCUAUGUAAAAUUACUCAAAGCACUCUGGUUGGAUUUCAAGCCAACUAAUCAGAGUGCUGUGACAGGUAAAUGAAGAGACUUAGCUGUCAGUAAACCAACCAAUCAGAGCGCUCUGAGCCUAAUUGCAGGGCGUGGGAAGUGCCUUUCCCCGAAGUGCUGUGCCCUCGCUGGCUGAAGAUUAAUAAUUUUUUUGGGGGGAGGUGGGGGCAGGAGAGGUCAGGUUUUUUUUAAAUUUUAUUUGAUGAAUUUGACGGGUAUUAUGUAUUAUUUUUAUUUUUUUAUUUUUUUUACAAUUGUGAGCAGUGGCAUAGCGGGUAGGGGCAUUCGGGAGAUUUCAAUCUCCCUUAUGCUAUUGUGGGUCAUAUUGACCCCCAUAGAGUGAGGGAAGACAUGGGGGUCUUAGGAGGUGGCAGGGAGCACUGCUCCCUUCCGCUUCUGUUUUUACAUAUUACAAACCAGUAUAUUGCGAGCCAGUAGCUCCCUCCUUGUAAUAAACCGAGCAAACGAAGAGGUCUUCGUUCAUUCAUUUGAAAUUUCUAUUCAUGUAUUCUUCUUUCUGAUGAAUAAAUAGAUGAAAUUCCUGUUUGAAGUGUUUAACUGGGCAUGCGCGGGAAUUUCACAACGCUAGUGUGGGCAGAUGACGUGCCCCACAGGGACUUCAUCUACCCACAAAAAGAUGGCAGCGCCCAGGACCUAGGUUCAGGCACAAAAUAAAGGUUAAAAAAUAGGUAAUAUGGGGGUGACUAGGGGGACAAUUAGAUUUAGUGGAGUCGGUAGGGGGGGGUUAAAAAACAAACAAACUGGAUUCGGCCAUGACAGUGCUGCUUUAGGAGUGUUUAUAUGCAGUAUGUGUUGCCAUUAUUUUCCAACUCUUCUACAGAAUCCCACCAUUUUGUCCUGCUGUUACUUGCUGCUUGUAUGCAGUUGUCUAAAUAAAAAAAACAACUUUACCAUUGUAUUAUGCUAAUCACUUACCAAUCCUGUAAAGCAAAUUCUUGAGACGGUAUCACGUUGAAUGUUUUCAUGUAAAUAUACUAAGUGUAGCGAUGAUUUGGAAAUGCUGAUUAUGUGCUUGUACACCAUACCAGCAACAUAUCCUCUCCCCUGCUUUUUCUGCACGUUGCUGGUCCUCUAGUUUCCCUGCAGGCCUUCUAGUUCACAUAUGGUGGUCCUGCCCAUGGCUACACCACUAGUGGUGACAGAUUCUCAACUCCUGAUACGGAAUGUAUGCAUUCUCAUGUUCUCAUGCUCAUGUUCGCUCAAAUACCUUAGUAUUAUUUAUUGUUAAUGUAACCUAAAGACUUCUCUCCCAAGUUUAGUAGGAUCUGUUUAUUUAUUUUUUUUGGCUGCACCGCUGUGCUUGACGAGAGCUUGGAAAUCAACCGUAACUCCACAGUUGUUGUAUGUCAUUGAAGAGGUCUCUUUUUAUAGCAAAUUGAGACAUUUCAUCCACCUCUAAUGGUGGGUGGCGCACUGUUUUUUGGGGGGUGGGGAGGGGAUUGUGUCCAUACCCUGGACAGAUCAGUGCUUUCUGUGGAGAGUUCUCAAUUUAAUGUUUCCUGUAAGUUUGAUAGCCAGACCCUUUGACUCCACAUGCGAUGCAGCAACUCUGUUCCACUGCUUCAGGAAUUUUAUUUUUUUUAUAUCUCUUUAUUUUUAAGAGGAUGUUCACCAUUGGUAUUGACAGUUGGAGACUGCUCAUGUCUUCCUCCCUUCCUCUUUUUCUUUUCUUUUUCUUUAGGGUUUCUAGUGUUUUGUGGUUUGUGACCCAUUUGCAAUAUUUCUAUGAUAAAAUUAAAUGAACUUCAAGUUGGAAAGAAAGGAGUCAGGUGUUUAUUUUAGUAAAGAGUAAAUCCUUUUUGAUUCACAAUUUGAAUGACUACAUUAUUUCUCUGUUCUUGAUAGGAAACGUUGUCCUGCCACAAUUCAUUUGAGAUUGGGACCUGAAAAGGAUAAACUCAUAAUUACAAAGGCUGACCUCAAUCACAUCCAUGAUUCUGAAAUUGACCUGCCGUCUCGUUUUACAAGAAAACCAGUGUCUUUUGUGGAAAUCCCUAAGACGGUAUCAUCUGAUGUUAAUGAAGAUAAAUUUAUGGAUAAAAAUGACUUGACAAAGCUUUUACGCUUACACUCUCCACUUAGUGAAUCACAGUUUUUGGAUGAACUCGAAUCUCUCUUUAAUUCUGAUCCAACUGUAAAAGUUAAAAUGGUUUUCUCUGAGGAGAAAUUCAUAGUAAAGAACAUUUUUGUGAUGACUACUGCAAUGCAGAAUUUGCUGCAGCAUUUUCAUGAACAUAUCUUUGUUGACUUCUUUCGUGCUCUAAAUCAAGAGUUUGAUUUAUAUUCUGUCCUUUGCCAGGAUGAAAGUUUUAACUGGAAAGUAUGUGCCUACUGCAUUGCAAGGAAGGAUUCUCCAGAAUCUUUAAAGUUUCUCAUGAAUUCUUUCUUGCAGAGCAACCCUAAUUUAAGCAAAAAAGUGAAAUAUGUUACAUUAAGUCCAGAAAUACUGAAUCAAGUUGAUACUGAGGUACUGUUUCCAAAUGCUACUGUGAGAUGUUGUCUUCCACUUGUUCUGGACAAAAUGCAUCAUAAAAUUUCUUUUUUAAGUCAAAUGGAGCAAUCACAAAUUAAGAACUUGCUUGUCAAUUUGUCCCAGUCCUCCUCGACUGACAUAUAUCGGCAACAUCUUGGCAACUUGAAAGCCGCUUGUCCUGAUGAAGUUUUUCAGUACUAUUAUGACACUUGGCAUCCAUGUUGGAAGUUAUGGUGUGAAAAGGAUAAUAGAACCUCUGAUGUGGAGAACUCAAUUUUUGCUUAUGUAAAAACAAAACAUCAAUACGUGAAAGGACAAGUGGGGUCAUUAGUUUCCUUACAUCAGUGUUUACAAGCCAUUCUUACAGAGGAUCAGGAAUUUGUAGAAUUUUCCGAAUCAAACCAUGUUGAGAUGUCGGACGCAAGUUCAUUUCCAUCAUGGGGUCUACAAACCACCACAUCUGUGGAGUUUCAAGAACAAGAGCUGGUUCCUGAUGAAAUUACUCCUGGUGCCAUUCAGAAGGUAACCAUGAUUUUUCUUUACGUUUCCAAAUAUUAAUUGCUUGAUAUAUACAACAUUUUGAAUAAUGAUUUAUUAUUAAAAAAUUUGAGGUUCUCAUAGUCAUCCCAGAUGUCGCCUGAUUCCCAUUGUGCCAGAACCCAGGCUUUUGGGAGUGGUAGUUGUUUUUUUCUAGGGAAUCUGCUAUUGCUUUUGUGGGUAAACUAGAUGCAGAAACCUGGAAGUUGGGUACAUGCUAGAGCAUACAAUUUGCAGAAACUACUGUCCGUGUUGGAUGUGGUUAACUGUUUAAUCAGGCAUGAACAAGUGGAGCACAUAACAUAUUAUAAUAAAUUGAAUAUGAACCACAAAUUAUAAUUAAUUGAAUAGUGGAAAAUACAAAUGGUUAUGUUUUUCACUGUACAUUAUACCAUGAAAGAACAUAUGCUUUUUCACUGUAAGAGGUCACUAUUCCCUUUUUAACCCCUUACGGACACAUGACAUGUGUGACAUGUCAUGAUUCCCUUUUAUUCCAGAAGUUUGGUCCUUAAGGGGUUAAAGGGAUACUCUAAUCAACAAAACAACUUUAUUGUAAUGAAACAUUUUACAUGUGUGUGUAUGUAUGUAUAUAUAUAUAUGUAUAUAUAUGUGUGUGUGUGUGUGUGUGUGUGUGUGUGUGUAAAAACAACUUUAUUGUAAUGAAACAUUUUACGUGUGUGUGUGUGUGUAACGGCUCAAUUAUCUGCCAUUUAGGAGGUAAAGAAACACUCCAGACAUACAAAGCACUUUAAAAUAGUAUGAAGUGUAAGGUUUCUAGAGCUUGUUAGAAGUUCAGGUAGGCAGCUUGGACAACCAAAACCAGAUUUUCUCCUUACUGUGUAAAGAAAAGGGAAUGGAAGCAGCGCCUUCUAGUUCAGAGUGGGCCAAUAUGUAAAAAAAUAAUUACUAAAAAAAGACAGUUUGCGAAAUAUUGUGUAGUAAGUUUGUAAUAUUUCUGAGCUAAAUAAAAAGCUGCACUUACAAUUUUAUGGGGCUGUUAAUUGGCUCCAAUUUAAGGCACCUGGGUGGUACAGUUCCCAUCUAUGGAUUUAGUCGGUAUGUUGAUCCCAUGGGGAGGAAUCCUGUCUCUCAGUGAUAAGCAUGUUGUGAAGCAAUCCACACCUUUGGGUACACAGGAGUUCCCACUCCUUGAUAUAAGUAGCAGCAUAUUCUCACUGAAUGGUAUAUGGAUAAAACAGAAAUACAAAUAUACAGGACUCACUGUUUAAAAUUAUUUAAAGUAAUAAAAUGAGAUGUACUCAAUGGUGUAGAGCAAAACAGGUUUUGCUCAAUCUGUAUAGCAUGGCUGGUAUAUUACCCAAGAAGGAAAUUGAUGUAGCAAUCUUGAGGAUAAAAUCAGGAAGGUCCAAUGUAUGCAGAAUCACUAAUUUUAUUGAAAAUUAAGUAUAAAAGCAUAAAAAAAGUAACAAACUGACAUGUUUCACCUAAUUAACAGGUGUACAGGUUUGAAGACCUUCACUGACUCUAUAGUUUUAAAAGCAUAAAAACACUAUUUAGGUUAAGAUGUAGUUGUUCUGGUGACUAUAAAAUCCUUUAAAAUAAAGGAGUACACAAUCCAAAAAUAAUUGUCACAUGACCAUAAAUAAAAGAAUUGUAAGUGCAAUUGUUCUAUUUAUAUCACCAAUAUUACUACACUAUAUUUCGUAACCUGUCUGAUUUUUUUUUUAGUUUUUUUUUUUUUAUUAUAAUAACAUAUUGGCCCACUGACCUGGACUGGAGGACACUCUUAAGAUGCUACCCCCCGCCCCCUCCCCCUUUUCUUUACAGAAUAAAACACUUUAGCUUGCUUUAGUGCUUUAUGUCUCUAGAGUCUGUCAGUUUUAUGACAUGGUAUGAUCCGUGACCAAGAAAUCUGUGGUACUACAAGGUUGAAACUGCAAACCAUGGAUGGUUUCUGGUCAAUGAUCCUUUUGGAUCAUAGCCCAUGUUUAGAUUUUAAAAAGUGCCCUGUUUAUAGCAAUGGUACAGCAUUAAAUUAAGUCAUUUUCUAAAACAUGGGCCAUGUGGGACAAGUACAUAAAUUCAAAGGUGAGAUAGUCUGAACUUGGAACUGGUCUUGCGCUUGGCCGGGUAGUGUAUGAUUUUUAGUUAUUUAUUUUCCUUUUUGUGCUUCUCUUGUUUUCUGUUUAUAGUAAAUGUACGUGAAUUGUAUGCAAUAACCAGAAGUUGGCCAAAGGAAUCCAUGAGCUAUUGAUGCUAUUUUUGUACCCUUGUUUUUCUAUGGAAACUUGUUGGGUAUAAUAUUUGCUGCCUUAUUCUGCUAUUGUAUAAUUUAAUGCUCACCCUAUUGCAAAAUUGUUUAACUGAAACUGCAGUGUUUUACAUUGCAGUGUUAAGGGGACAGGGACACUGCACCCAGACUACUUCAAUGAGAUGUCAUGAUCUUGAGCAGGUCAGAUAGGAGACUUUGGCCAGGGUUGUUAUUUGAGACUUUUAUUGGUGCUUUUAGACAUACUUGAGAAAAAAAGGCAAUAUGCCACAAAACAGGAUACUUGCAAAUAAUAAAGAAAGUCUGUGAUCUCCAGGUAGGGUUGAAACAGUGGCAGGCUGUUUACAGAGGUAGGCUGGUAUCAGAGGCAGGCUGGUGACAGAGGAAGGCUGGUAACAGAGGCAGAGGUCAAAAUCAUACGUAAAAGUGGAGCAGGUUUGAAGGUAAGUCUGGAGCAGGAACUGAAGUGAUUCAGGUAAAUCACCAACUUAAAUUUAAAGGCCCUGUUAGUUGGGUGUAGCCUUUUGUAGAUGAAGCAAGUACUUAAACAUGAACAGGUGAGAUUCCAGAACUAGAGGCAAGGGAGGCCACUAGUGGUAAAUAAUAAAAUCAGAGAAGGAACUUGUUUUAAAGGAACAUAAAUCUUGUUUGUCAGGAUAUGAUCCUGACAGAUGAAGUGGUCUGGUUGCCUAUAAUGUCAACGUUUCAGUUUCUAAACAUAACGUUUAUCAGGGAAAAACACAGUUACAAAAAAACACGUGCGUAUACAUAUAGCAAGAAAAGAGUGCUAACCUCCUGGUGUUUGGCAUGCAUGGCAAAAAUUGGCGCGUGGCCAAGGUUGAGAACCCAGGCAUGCAUUCUAACUUGUUGUGAUAACUUGUUGUGCUAGCAACAGUUAAGCCGUUUUUUGCAGGUAAAAUGCACCGUGGCUCAUGUCAAUGAACCAGUACAUCGCAGUUGCAAUGAGCAAAGCAUACUGGCUAUUGACUAAAUAUACAAGCUAUCAUGCUUAUUGAACCAGCAUUAGCAUUGAAAUUCCCAGAUAAUGCCGACAAGUGUAAGUUACCAAAGUGAACAUGCAAUGCAUCAAGCAGUGAUAUACUGGCAAAGAUAAACAGGCUACUUUGUUAAUCGAGACUUUAAUAGCAUGCAUAGUGAAGGCAGUGGAUCCUCGUAAUAAGUGCGAUAAAUGUAAACUGCUUAGGUAGAAGCCAUAGGGAUUAUUGACACAUGUUCAUGCACUGAUUAUUGACAGUAAAGUGAAGUGAAAAUACAUAUAUGCUGUCCUUGUGCAGGAACUUUUUGUCCAGGUAACCAGAUAUUACGAGUGGUAUAUGACAAAGUGCUAAUGGCCUGUGAAGUCCCUGCACAUUAAUAUAGUGUUGUGGAAAAAAGACAGGGUCGUGCUGGGCCCUAAGACAAUUAUGGUAGUUGGUGCCAUUUAUUUCUAAUAGAAGUUAUCCAGGAACCUACAAAGGACAGCAUCUCCAUAACAAGGAAAUAGCUGGGGGCACGUGCACGGCACAUUGUUCCAUGUGAAGGAACCAAACCUUCUCCUGCCUGUACAUGAUAGAUGCUAUCCCUUCUUUAGUGAGGGACAAUAAAAUUGCUCUGAAUAAAGGUAUAUGGGAACCUACUGAGGGCAGGGUACCAUAUAACAUUACAAUGAAAUACCAAGGGCACACACCACACAUUAUGCAAUGUAAAGGAAACAAAAUCUUUUCGAGACUUCACAUGCUGAGGGUGCCUACUUAGAAAGAAACAUGAAAUUGCUUAAAACCUAUAAUGUAUUGAAUGUGAAAAUAAUGAUUGAAGGGUGCCUAGGGUGAACGUAUGAUUACAUAUACUGCCAUAUACUGCCCUUAAAACUCCAUCUAAGUAGUAUAAAGAAAUAUACAGUAUGGAAGAUUUAUCACAAUGGCAAAUGGUGAAACAUAUCCACGUGUGUAUUUUUGAGGACAAACAGAUGGCAUCAAAUAUGUAAAACAAUUUACAGUGCUUGAAAAGCAUCAAUGGAAUUAAAAAAAGACGAAGAGUAUGUUUGUUUUUAUAACUCCUGGGAGAACUGUUUCCAAUGUUCUUAUCUAAAUCGAUUCUCUUGGUAAUUACAGACUGCUGUGAAUUUUAAAAUGGGUAGGAUUUUUUGUCUCUCCAAGAAAUGCUUUUUUUACAACCAGUAAAUCACAUUUGCUGUCUAUGUAGUCUGUUCUAAUCCUGGAUUUGUGAUUCUGCUAUUCUCUCGCUGAUGGGGUAUACCUGUGUUUCCAAUUUAUGCCAGCCCACACAGACACACCAGUUUGUAUACUGCAAAGUCUUUCUUUUGCCUUUGACUUAAUAUCCUUUCUUCCAGUCUAAAUGCGUGGCUUUGUAUCCUAGGAUAGACUUGUUUUAUGAAUAGACUCCAGACAAUAGUUUGUUGGUUUAUAUUUGCCCCAACUAUAUUUGAUCCCCUCUAAGGUGCCAUAUUUCUAAACUAAACUGAAUGUGUUUAAAUGUGUUAACCUUUCUUCUUAAUUAACCCCUUAAGGACCGAGGACGGUUCAGGACCGUCAUCGGCAUUUUUGCCUUGAGGACCGAUGACGGUCCUGAACCGUCCAAACGGUCUGGGGGUACUUACCUGAUCGCCGUCGUUCCCCCGGCGGCGAUCAGUGUUCCUCCGGUUGUGGGGAGACUGCCUGCAGCCCAGACAGUCUCCCCACGGCAGAUUAGGACCCCUGUGGCCAUGUGAUCGCUUAACACAGCGAUCACAUGGUCACAAUAGGUGUCCAUGUGUUUGCCUGCAGGGGGACUGUCUGUGCUGACAGGCAGUCUCCCUGCUAGUGUAAAAUAAAAAAAUAAAAUAAAGUUAAUGUUAAUAAAAAAAAAUAAUAAUAAUUAUAUAGGUGUAUAUAUGAUAUAUAGACAUAUAUUAUAUUUAUAUAAUAUAUGUCUAUAUAUCAUAUAUAUAAUGCCAUACUAAGUGUAUUUUUAUAUUAAUAUGUACUUAUAUUAAUAUAAAAAUACACUUAUAAUUGAAUUACACACGUAUGUAUAUAAUAUAUAUAAUAACUAUAUAUAUAUUAUUAUAAAAUAUAAAUAAUAAGUAAUUUAAAUUAAAUAAAAAUUUUUUUAAAUAAUAAAAAAAUUAAAAAAAAAUUAUAUAGCUAUAUGAAAUUUUAUUCUAACUGUAUUUUAAAAUUAAUAUAUAUAUAUUUAUAUCAAAAUACACUUAGAAUGAAUUUGCAUAUAUAUCUAUGUAUAUAAAAAUAAAUAAAAAUAAUAAGAAAUAUACAUACGUCCAUAUACAAAAUUACAUAAAUAAUUAUAUAAAUAUACACGUAGACUUCAAAUAUAUAAAUAUGCAUAUAUAUUUAAAUUCUACGUGCGUAUUUAUGUAAUAUUUUUACAUAAUUCAGUAAUUUUAUUGAUUGCAAUUUGAGGGACCUGCCUGCCAACCCAGGCCGAAAUUCCAGAGAAUUUAAUUUGCUAGCACUGUAUUUUACCCUGUAACGUUCUACGACACCCUAAAACCUGUACAUGGGGGGUACUGUUUUACUCGGGAGACUUCGCUGAACACAAAUAUUAGUGAUUCAAAACAGUAAAACAUAUCACAGUGAUGAUAUUGUCAGUGAAAGUUACUUUUUUUGCAUUUUUCACACACAAACAGCACUUUUACUGAUGAUAUAAUUGUUGUGAUACGUUUUCCAGUUUUUAAACACUAAUAUUUGUGUUCAGCGAUGUCUCCCGAGUAAAACAGUACCCCCCAUGUACAGGUUUUAUAGCAUUUUUGAAAGUUACAAGGUCAAAUAUAUGGGUCAAAUAUUUUUACAUUGAAAAUGGCCAGGUUGGUUACGUUGCCUUUGAGAGCGUAUGGUAGCCCAGGAAUGAGAAUUACCCCCAUGAUGGCAUACCAUUUGCAAAAGAAGACAACCCAAGGUAUUGCAAAUGGGGUAUGUCCAGUCUUUUUUAGUAACCACUUGGUCACAAACACUGGCCAAAAUUAGCGUUCAAUUUAGUUUUUUUACUUUUUUCACACACAAACAAAUAUGAAUGCUUACUUUGGCCAGUGUUUUCGACUAAGUGGCUACUAAAAAAGACUGGACAUACCCCAUAUUGAAUACCCUGGGUUGUCUACUUUAAAAAAAAUAUGUACAUGUGGGGUGUUAUUCAGAGAUUUAUGACAGAUAAUAGUGUUACAAUGUCACUAUUGAUAAAUUUUAAAAAUGUAUGUUUUGAAACCACAAUAUCCUACUUGUACCUAUAGCCCUAUAACAUGCAAAAAAAAGCAAAAAAGCACGUAAACACUAGGUAUUUUUAAACUCAGGACAAAAUUUUGAAUCUAUUUAGCAGUUUUUUUCAUUCGCUUUUGUAGAUGAGUAAAAGAUUUUUCAAGUAAAAGUCAAAAAACAUGUAUUUUUUUCAAUUUUUCAUCAGAUUUUUGUAUUUUUUUUAAAUUAAAAUACAUGAGAUUAUAUAAAUAAUGGUAUGUAAAGAAAGCCCCUUUUGUCCUGAAAAAAACAAUAUAUAAUUUGUAUGGGAACAGUAAAUGAGAAAGCGGAAAAUUACAGCCAAACACAAACACCACAAAAGUGUAAAAAUAUGCCUGGUCGCAAAUGUACAACAUCGCAAAAACAGUCCAGUCCUUAAGGGGUUAAAUAUUCCUUUCCUUUUAGUAAUUUUGUAUCCUGCCUCUGCAUUCUUUCUAGUGCCAUAAAAUCCUUUUUAGAAUCCAUUGCACAGCAUUUUCUUUCCAUUGAUUUUUGAAUUUUGUUAUUUUUCACCUUUUGCUAUUGUGGUACAUAUUUCAUACUGUAUAUUUCCUUUAUACUACUUUAUAGAGCUUUCUGGGUUAUUUACAAAAGUGAUAAUUUCAAAGUGAAUUUCAAAUUUUAGUCCAGGGAAGGCAGGCUAGAAGUAUAGCAGACAUGGAUUUUUUUUUUUUCCAGUUCUUUUGACUUUAAAGAGACACUAUAGUCACCAGAACAACUACAGCUUAUUGUAUUCGUUCUUGUGUGUACAAUCAGUCCCUGCAGGCUUUUUGCAGUAAACAUUGUUUGUUUGUUUUUUUAGAGAAAAGGCAGUGUUUAAAUUACAGCCUAGAGAUACCUCCAGUAGCCACUCCUCAGAUGGCUACUAGAGGCGAUUCCUGGGACUGUGCUGCACAGUGCGCAGCACUGACAUUCAGUGUUUCUACCCUCUGCAUGGAGACACUGAAGUUUCCUUAUAGAGCUGCAAGGAUUCAAUGCAUCUCUAUGAGGAGAUGCCGAUUGGCCAAGGCUAUGUUUGACUUUUGCUGGCUCUGUCCACAGAUGGUGGUUUUAACACUAUAGGGUCAGAAAUACAUGUUUGUGUUCCUGACUUUAUAAUGUUCCUUUAAAUUUAAAAAUUACCUUGAACGCUCACCUUAGUGAAUAACCCUGUAUGUGCAAUCCUAAUUCCAUCCCAUGGAACCCUUCUGUCAUAAUUAUUUGUUUCCCAUUAAAUACAUUAUCUGUUUGAAGCAAUUUCAUGUUCCUUUCUAAGUCUGCACCCUCAGCCUGGGAAGUCAGGAAAAUGUAUUUACUUUACACUGUAUAAUGUGCCCUAGGUAUACCUCUUGUGUUAUAAAGUUACAUGCUUAGUGCAAUUUUAUUGUCCCUCACUGAAGUAAGCAUUCCUAGCAUGUAUAGACAGCUAGGAGGAUUUGGUUCCUUCACAUGACACAAUGUGGCAUGUGCUCCCAGCUGUUUACCUUGUAAUGUCAUAAAGAGGUUUUUCCCUCCGUGGAUACUUUUGCCUCUGACCCAUGUUUUUAUUUUUUAUUUUUAUUUUUUCCAUUAAAAACAAAUGGUAAAAACUAUUAAAGGAACAAUAUAGGGUCAGGAACACAAACGUGUAUUCCUGGCCCUAUAGUGUUAAAAAUACAAUUUAGCCCUGUUGCCCCAUUUAAACACAGUAAAAACUCCCCUUUAUAUCAGCAAUGAGCAUAUCUGCCAGGUGCUGGUUCCACCCCCACCCCAUUAUGUCUUGCCUAUUUGGCUGACAUAAUCAGAACUGACAAUAUCAGUCAAUACAAUGCUUUUCCAUAGGAAAAUUAUCUAAGAUCAUCGAUUCUGAUGUUCUCCGCCAAGGAGGCAGGGCGGGGUGCAGAACCAAAUGCCAUCCUGGCCAAUCGGCAUCUCCUCAUAGAGAUGCAUUGAAUCAUUGCAUUGCAGUGUGGAAAUUUCAGCGCUUCCAUGCAGCACUGACCUAAGAAGAUACCUCUAGUGGCUAAGAGGUGCAGUGUUUACAGCAAAAUGCAUGCAGGGAAUGACAAUACUCACCAGAACAACUACAUUAAGCUGUAGUUGUUCUGGUGACUAUAAUGUCCCUUAAAUGGUCUUUAAGCCCAGCAAAGGCCUGUUGAUUUUUGUUUGUUUGUUUUUUCUUCCCAAAACACUAUACUCGUGUGCAGGAACUUCACAGGCCAUUAGCACUUUGUCAUAUACCACUCGCUCGUGAUAUCUGGUUACUGGGGCAGCAAGUUCCUGCAUGUAUGUGUAUUCACUUUAUUGUUUAGUAAGUGAAUUAAGGAGUCCUUUAAUAACCCUAUGGUUCUUAAGCAGUUUACAUUUAUCACAUUAACAUGAGGAUCUCCUGCCUAUGUUUUUACAGUUCCUGUUAACAUUAAAGGACCACUCUAGGCACCCAGACCACUUCAGCUUAACGAAGUGGUCUGGGUGCCAGGUCCAGCUAGGGUUAACCCAUUUUUGUAUAAACAUAGCAGUUUCAGAGAAACUGCAAUGUUUAUAAAUGGGUUAAGCCUUCCUCCAAAGCCUCCAGCUGCUGUCUCAUUGACAGCCGCUAGAGGCGCUUGCGUGCUUCUCACUGUGAAAAUCACAGUGAGAGCACGCAAGCGUCCAUAGAAAAGCAUUGUAAAUGCUUUCCUAUGCGACCGGAUGAAUGCGCGCGCAGCUCUUGCCGCACGUGCACAUUCAGCCGAAUGGGCGGAGAGGAGGAGGAUCGGAAGAAGAGAACUCAUCGCCCAGCGCUGGAAAAAGGUAAGUUUUUACCCCUUUCCAGAGCCGGGUGGCAGGGGGUCCCUGAGGGUGGGGGCACCCUCAGGGCACUAUAGUGCCAGGAAAACGAGUAUGUUUUCCUGGCACUAUAGUGGUCCUUUAACUCAAAUGCCUGUUUAAGUUUGCCAGUAUAUGACUAUUUGCUUCAUUGUUUGUUCACUUUGGUAGCUUGAUUGCACUAUUUUUUUUUUGAGAAACUCAUAGCUCAUGUUGGUUCAAUAAGUUAAAUUUAGUCAGUAGCCUACAUGCCUUUCUCGUCGUAGCUGCGAUGUCCUUUUUAUGUUUUUAUUUUUUAAACAGGUUUAUUGCCAUGAACCAUGAUUGCGUCUUACUUGCAAACCAACUUAACUGUUGCUAUGACAACAAGUUUGAACACAUGCCGCUAUGAGGGAUGGCUUACUGAAGCGGAAACAUGGCUGUGUUCUAAGGCUUGGCUGUGCACCAAUAUUCAGUGUGCACACCAAACACCAGGUUGUGAGUACUUUUUUCUUGUUAUGGGUGUUCUUUUUGUAACUCUGCUUUACCUUGAUAAAAGUUUGUUUAGAAACUGAAACAUUGACAUUUUUAAGGCAGACUUUAAUAGUUAUUAUGAAGUCCUACACUGCUAUCCUUUUGUUAUCGUAUCUAUAUAUUGCAAUUAAAAUAAAAUAAAUAACAUCUUACAUAGGUUAAAAUGUCUUGUUUUCUUUUUGUUUUCUUUUUUUUGUGUGUGUUUGCAUCUUCAGGAUUGUGAAAAUAUUUUACGCGAGAAGUUGGAUGGGAAAGAAUUUCAGAGUUGGGAUGAUUUCUGUUGUUUCUUGGAAACCUGUAGUAAAGAUAAAUUCCAGCUACGUGUGUCCUCAUCAUUUACCGAAGAGAGCAAAGGAGAAAUAUUUCCAAUUUCAGACAUGGCUUUGUCAUUAAAAUACAGCUGGGCUCAGCUUUCCUGCAGUUGGUGAGUUUAACCUGUCCAGGGACUAUAAUGUCUGGAAUUGUUGAGGGGUUUUUAUUUUGUUUUUAGUUGCACAUGCACAAUCAACUUUCUGUGAUUCCUAGGGAUAGGACACUAGCUAGAUCAAUGUCCUCCCUAAGUGGGAGUGGAAAAUUUAAGUAACAAAAAGCAUUUGCUUUUGAACAAGACCUUUAUCUAAAAAAUAAAAUACACGUCACUUUUUAAGCCCACAACAGAAAAAGGUACUCUAAUCAAAAACCAGUGUUUUUAUAAAAAGAGCUGGAUCGUAUAUUUCUACUUACCGUAUUUCUUGGAAUACAUUUGAUUAUCACACAUUAACUGUCCUAACUAAAACCAAGCUUUUUUUUUUUUUCCCCAGUAAUGAAACCGCAUCUAUAUUCACGUGUGUAUGUGUGUAUUUGUGACUUGUGUGACCUAUAUAUUUUUUUUGUUUGCCUUAGGAAUGGCUGCUCGGCUUUUGUUGAACUUGCGCUGAGCCCACAAAAAGAUAAACUUAUUAUUACUCAAAGCAAUCUGCAGCAUACGCACAAUGAUGAAGAAACCACUCUCAGUCCUCCUGCAAAAAAAUGUAAAGUCUCCGCUACAGUAGGUGUGCCAGUGCAAGUUGCAAACAACAUAUCCAGAAAAUUUCUGGAACCAAGUGAUCUAAAACGACUUCUUCGCUUUCGAUCUGGAGCAUUUGAGGAUCGUACGCAAGUGCUUGGAGAAUUGGACUCCCUCUUCGUUUCUGACCCUAAUGCAAAAGUUAAGCUUGUGUUUGUGGAAGACAAACUGCUUGUUAGCAAAAUAUUCAUAAUGACAUCUUCAAUGAUAGAGCAGGCUCAAAAAUCCCCUGAUUACCUUUUUAUUGAUGUGUGUUUACAGUUUAGUCCGAGUUUUGAUCUGUACACUCUUUAUUGUGAAGAAAAGGGAGCAGGAUGGAAAGUCUGUGCCUAUUGCAUUGCAAAGAAAGGCAUAAUGGAUGUUUUUGAAUUCCUUUCAUGCUCAGUUGUUCAGGUUGUCCCCGCAUUAAUCAGCCAGGUGAAACAUGUUACAGUACAUCCUGAAAUCGCUGAACCUCUCAACGUAGAAACUUAUUUACCACAUGCUUCCACAAGAUAUUGUAUGCAUUUAGUUUUAGAUGUGCUGUAUCAAAAAAUUGCACACCUUGAUACCACAGUAGUAGCUCAGAUUAAGAACUUCCUUCAUAUCCUGUCUCAGACAUGUUCUCAUAAAGUAUACAAUGAAUAUUUGAAUCAUCUUAAAGUAGUUUGCCCACCUGAGAUAUUCCACUACUAUUAUGACAUGUGGCAUCCACUCAGAAAAAUGUGGGCAAAAAAGGAUAAUAGGAUUGAAGAAGCUGAAAAAAAUAUAUUUGAACUGGUGUCAGUGAAACACGAGGCACUCAAAACUGAGCUGGGUGCUCUUCCCUCUUUGCACCAAUGCCUGUGUGCAGUACUUGGUGAAAAACAUAAAGUGUCAGCCAUUAAUGCUCUUCUUCAGGAUUCAGAUAUUCCAGUAUGCUGGGAAAAUAGAGACUCUCCUGCUGUCUCUCCAUCUUCAAAUGACCAGGUAAGUUCAGAAGUGGCAAUGGCUACGUGAUGCAUUUCUUAGAAGCGCAAAAUGUUUUAAUGUUUAUGCAAUGUUUAUAGCUUUAAAAGGUGUGCUACACUGUAUUCAAUUGUUAAGUCAAAGUAGCAAUUAUGUUGAUGGAAUAAACAUUAUGUAAAUGAUUUUUGGGUUUAUCAUUCCUCGUAUUACUUAUAUUUUAAAUGUAACUUUUCUAUGAUUUCAACGUAGUAAUCUAGAUUGAAAAUACUCUGGUCCAACAAGUUCAACCUUUCACACAUCUUUUUUUGAAGUUUGAAUUUGAAGGUAUUUCUGUUUGUGCAACAAAUGGGAAAUAAAAAUUGACUGUAUUCCUUUCCUACUCCAUUCCUUUUAUUUUAUUAAGGACUAAAAUGAUGAUUUAUUCACAUCAAUUAAAGGGACACUCUGAGCGCCAUAACCACUUUCUACCUGGCACCGACUCACAGUUUAGUGUUUAAACAGUUUUCAAAUGGUUUAGCACUGUAUACUGCAGAUGCCCACAGCCAGUACCUCACUGGAGGUAUGGCUAAGAUGUUCUAUUCUGCCUCAGCCAUACCAUCUCUUACCAGUGAUGGGUGGUCAACUGAAACUUGUAGCCCAUUGCUGCUUGAGCACAUGUAGAAGCAUGUGGGAGCCCUGGGAUCCUCAUUUAGUGUUAAAUUGUUUAACCCGAGAGCUGAAGUGCUCUAGGCCCCAUAACCAUUUUAAUGACAUGAAGUGGUUAUAGUGCCAAAUGAGUCCCUGUAAUACACUUAUUUAUGCAUGACUUCCAUUGUUGUCUGUUCUGUUGCCUAUAAUUAUUUUCACGUCCUUCUUAUUUACAGUUGUCCCGAGGGCAGCCACCAAAGCUCCUGGGACUUCUGGCAAAAUUAUUUGUCAUUCCUCCUCACCCCCCAACUUUCACACUCAUACACACAGCCACACAUAUACACAAAGCUACACAAUGACACACACAUACACACUACCAUUAACAGAAAUAUAGAUAUGAUCUACUUGCAUUUUGGCAUUUGAUACAGUUCCACACAAAAUGUUACUAGUAAAAUUGAAAUUCGUUGAUUUACACGAAAAAACUGUGUUCUUGGAUAGAACACUGGCAUAUAGAUAGAAUGCAGAGUAGUUAUAAAUGGAAAAUUGUUAACUGCUACUCUUCAAUUUAAGAACAACCCUUUUCAUCUAAGGCUCUAAACCACUUGCUUUCAGUUUGCACAUUUAGUAUCAGUACAAAGUGUAUUAAAUAAAGUGGUGAACCGUGCCAAAAGUGCUUAAAGUGAAUGUAAUAAAACAUUUUUAUAUAUACAUAUAGAUCUUGAUAAUGUAACAGGAUAUAGCCCUCAAAGGAGACAAAAGUAUAAUAGUGCAAUAUGCUAUAAACAAUAUACACGUAUGUGUUUAAAAUAUCGAAUAAACAACCAGAUAAAAGAUUCUCACAAUUUGCAGAGCUCUUGAGAGCUCUUCUGUAUAUCGCCUGGACUGUAUAAUCCCCGUCUUAGGAUAUGUGGAUAUUGGCUGUAUGGAAUCUCCAAACUCAGCAACCAUGUAUAUAAAAAGAAAAACAAAAUACGAAAUCCAAUAGUAUAGUAUGUCAGACAAAAUUGGAAAUGUAAGAAGUAGAUGUCCUACUUACGAUUUCCAUAGCAAUGACUUGCUCCGGUGUUGAUAGCUUGUGGUGGUAUGAUCCCCACCAAAGGAUAUAAGGAAUUAGCAGGAAUCCAGCAGCACCAGGGAGAAAAAAAGAUAUAAAACCAAAAGAGGGGUUUGGAAAAAAGGCUAUGACUUUAUUAAAGGACCACUAUAGGCACCCAGACCACUUCAGCUCAAUGAAGUGGUCUGGGUGCCAGGUCCAUCUAGGGUUAACCCUGCAGCUGUAAACAUAGCAGUUUCAGAGAAUAUAGUUUGGAGAAAUAUAGUUUUGUAUUCCUAACACUAUAGUUUUUCUGUAAGUGCAAAGUCAGCCCAGUGCUUUAUAAACACAAAAAAUACAUUACAAUCAAUAUUAGUUUUAGAUAAAGAGAUAUUUAACAGAGCUACUUUGUUUGCCUCCCUAUUACCAGGACCCAUUCUUUAGGAAUCUUCAUCUUUCAAUGGUUUUGUUAUUCAUUCCAAAAUGAAACAUGAAUGCUAGGUCAUCUUCAACUCAUCCCAACAUGUUGAAAUUGAGCAUCUGUUAGACAACAAACUGUUAGAGGGGUAUAUUACCUUGUCUGUUCUCUUAUCCUGCUGUAAAAAUUACAGGCUUUUGCGAGGCUUACACUGUUUUAGCCAAUGUCAUUAUAAUUCUGGGUAAUAAUUGCCAGAAGAUGAGGCUCAAAAUACACCUUAUUUACUGAAGUAAAUUUCAAAUUUAAGGACAAAACAGUUGGACAAAUUGAGCUAUGCUUUCAACUCUGCAACUGUGGCAUUAAAGGAGCACUAUAGGGUCAGGAACACAAACGUGUAUUCCUGACCCUGUGGGGUUAAAACCACCAUCUAGCCCCCCUCAUACCUCCCUAAAUCUAGUAAAAUCUUACUUGUAUUCAAGACUGGAGCUGCUUGCUUUGUUACUGUUUCCUUUGACCUGCCCACUGCCUGCUGACAUCAUCAGAAGUGGUAGCCUGAUCCAAUCACAAUGUUUCCCCAUAGGAUUGGCUGAGACUGACAAAGAGGCAGAUCAGGGGCAGAGCCAGCACAUUUCAAAUACAGCCCUGGCCAAUCAGCAUCUCCUCUUAGAGGAUGAAUUGAAUCAAUGAAUCUCUAUGAGGAAAGUUCAGUGUCUGCAUGUAGAGGGUGGAGAUACUAAAUGUUUGGAUGCAUUUUAGGCAGCCAUGACCCAGAAAGGAUCUCUAACAGCCAUCUAAGGAGUGGCCAGUGAAGUUAUUACUAGGCUGUAAUGUAAACUCUAUAUUUUCUCUGAAAAGGCAGUGCUUACAGCAAAAAGCCUGAAGGUAAUGAUUCUACUCACCAGAACAAAUUCAAUAAGCUGUAGUUGUUCUGGUGAAUAUAGUGAACCUUUAAGUUGAAAUUUCCUUUGAAUUCUCACUUUAGUAAUUAAUCUUGACCGUGUAAGACAGCCCAGGGUAUAUAUAGUGCAAGUGUUAUUUCUUUAAUUGGUUUAUAUACCGGUAAUUGGUUUAAAUAACGAACCCACCAUAUGGCUGAAAAUAAUAAUUUGAGAGGUUAAGCUACUGAGCUUUCUCAGAUGAGUCUCAUAUCCAACAAAUCAAUCUGUCAAAAUCUAAAAAUUUGAAUUGCUAGGUAUAUAACUUGUCACUGACCGAAAAUCUGUCAACAUCAUGCAAUCCUGGCAAAGGAAUACAUGAGUUAUUGUAUGUAGGAGUAGUAGCUGAGCCUAGUAUGGCGUAUUUAAUACAGAAGCAUACAUCGGGCUUAUAAAAUACAUAAAGAUGAAGUGUGAUGAGUUUGUGAGAUUAAUUGAAAACAUUUAAGAUUGUAACCAAUACCUGCUAGGGAUAGUAGUAAAUUGGCCAAAUGAUAACUGUCAAAAUUCACCUAGGUAAGUGUUUGAAAAAAAUCUUACUUUUUUGUGUUGCAGUUUUUCAUUUCUGUGAUUACCGUAUGUACUCGAGUAUAAGCCGACCCGAAUAUAAGCUGAGGCCCCUAAUUUUACCACAAAAAAACUGGGAAAACUUAUUGACUCGAGUAUAAGCCUAGGGUGGGAAAUGCAGCAGCUACUGGUAAAUUUCUAAAUUAAAUUAGAUCCCAAUAAAAUUACAUUAAUUGAAUAUUUAUUUACAGUGUGUGUAUAUAAUGAAUGCAGAGUGUGUUUGUUUGUGUGUGUAUAUAAUGAAUGCAGAGUGUGUGUUUGUGUGCGUGUAUAUAAUGCAGUGUGUGUGUUUGUGCAGUGUGUGUAAACUGGAUGAGGGGAGGGCAUUUUAUUUUAAUUUUUUAAUUUUAUUAUAUUAUUUUAAUAUUAUUAUUAUUAUUUUUUUUAAUAUUUGCAUAUUUUUUUUUAAAUUGUUUUUUUUUGUCCCCCCUCCCUGCUUGUUGCCUGGUCAGGGAGGGGGGACAAAAACAUUUUUUUUUAAAAAUAAUGCAAAUAUUAAAAUAAUAUAAUAUUCAAAUAAUAUUAUUUUAUCAUUAUAUUAUUUUUUUAAUAUUUGCAUUAUUUUAUUUUUUUUUAUGUUUUUUGUCCCCCCUCCCUGGCCAGGCAACAAGCAGGGAGGGGGGACAAAAAAAAUAAUGCAAAUAUUAAAAUAAUAAUAAUAAUAUAAUUUUAAUAAUAUUUUAUUAUUAUUAAAAUAUAAUAAUAUUGAAUCCCUGGUGGUCCAGUGGCAUUGGCAGUUCAGUGGGGGGGGCUGACAGCGAGGUGUUACUUACCUUCCUGCAGCUCCUGUCAGCUCCCUCCUCCUCCGUGCAGCUCCCCGGUCAGCUCUGUUCUAAUUACAGUGCAAGUCUUGCGAGACCCGUGGAAUCUCGCGAGACUUACACUGGGAGCAGAACGGAGCUGACCGAGGAGCUGCACGGAGGAGGAGGGAGCUGACAGGAGCUGCAGGAAGGUAAGUAACAGCUCACUACAAGCCCGGCGGUCCUGGUCUGUAUUAUGGCAAUGUAAGUUGCCAUAAUACAGACUCACUCGAGUAUAAGCCGAGUUGGGGUUUUUCAGCACAAAAAUUGUGCCAAAAAACUCGGCUUAUACUCGAGUAUAUACGGUACAUUUAAAUGAACCGUUCAAGCAGCAUCUUCACAAUAGCCUGCUAUAAUGUUAUGGUGUCAGGCAGGGGGAGCAGAUAAAUGUGAGUGAUACCCAAACCUGUCCCUCGUAGGUGCCUCCUACUUCCUCUGGCGGGUCUUCUUCAGCUGAAGCGCCAGAAACCAAUGUCUUGCGUAGUGCAAUAGAUCAUGAAGUCAAUGGAGUAACUGCCGGAUUCUCCAUAGACCGAUCCAAUUCCCUGCAGCCAUCAUUUAUGACAACUGGGGAGGUGGGGGGAUUCAGCUUUCUAGAUGGCUGUAGCUCAGACCAGUGUCUACAAAUGUCAGGUGUAGGAUAUAAUAUAAAGAGUCAAAGUAAUCUCCUUUCACUGAAGUGACUGAUUGCUAGGUUCUACUAUAAGAGAGAGGAACUGUUACUGUGGUGCUAGCUGGGGAACAUUCUUGCUGGUGAAUCGUAAAUUAAAAACUUGUCACUUUAUGCAAAUACCCCCAUUUAAAAAAUCUAAACAUAAAACUGCAAACAGUAAAGCUAGUCCUCUGAUGCCUUGCAGACAGGAGAAGCUACAAACCCUAUCCAUAUAGUAACUUACAAAAAAAAAAAAAACGUCAAGGCACACAGGAUUUUUGUAGACUUUAGUUAGAGCUAAAUGUUUCAGCUCUCUAUCUAAUAGGGUUCUAAUAGAGACAACACGUUGCCAUUAAACUCUGAAUAGUCUGCAAUUCUGGACACUUACUUUUUUUGUAUCUGGAUAGUUCAGGAAAAAAAGGCUGGAAAGUAGAUCCUGUAUAUACCAUACCUAAGUGGGCAGUGCUAACCCUUUAGUAACUGAUGGCAUGGAGUGACUUGUCCUGUCAAACCAAAUAAUUUUAAUUUGAAAGAUUUAGGUUCUUGCCUUGAACCCUGGACAUUGUUUCUCUACCUCUGCUCCCCCCUUGUUUUUUCUCUCUGUUCUCCCUUGUAGUGCGAUGUGUGUGUGCUGCCUGGAUGUAGUAUGCAAAUAGUUGUACACACUUGCUGUGUGUUGUGUACUUGAUGACUGUUGUAAGUGUACUGUAUGUUGUAUUUGUGCGUGUGUUCUUUGCUGACUGUAUGUAGCCAGUGUGCGAUUUAUAUGUAGUAAGUGUGCGUAUGUUGUAUGCUGGUUGUGUGUAGGUGGGAUGUGUGAAGUGUGUGUGUAUAUAAUGUGAUCUAUGUUUUGUCUCCCUCCUGCUUAUAUAAUCCCUAGUGGUCAAUGUUGAUUAAUUCUCUGCCUGCUGGACCACAGGGGGGAAAGGGAGUCAACUCUGCCUCGUGGUUCAGCUGGCAAACUUGUUUUUUGCACCUCUGUUGUUUUAAAGACAUCUGUAAUUUCUACCUCGUGGUCUGGCACUUAGGUAGUAAUGUGCAGUCUUCUGGAAUACUGGAGGCUGCGCUCUGAGUCAGCGAGUGGCGGACCGAUGGCGGCGCAAACCUUUUAUUUCCACAGCUCAACCCAUUCCUCAUGGUAACAACUCUGCUACGUGUCUGCUGCAGGGCUAAAGGUUAAAGCAAACUUCCUGUUGUGCCCUGAACUGCAUAUCCCAGGUGUUAAGCCAUACAAAUUAAAUAUCCCUGCAUAAAUAACUCCAUUUUAGUGUUCCUCUUAGCUCACUGGUAGUUGGCUUUUCUGUGUUUGUAGCAUAAACUGGCUCGGAACAGGCAACAGAAGUUACAAUCUUACAAUCUUCUCCUUGCAAGCUGAGUGCCUCUAAGCUAUCUCUCCCCUUACUCCAUGUGGGCGCUCCCUGCGUCGCAGAUGUUUUAUUAAUUCAUUUUUUUAAAACCUACUUUCCUCUGCCUCCCAUGCCGGCACGUAGUGCAUGUACGUGUUCUGAGCUGGCAAUUGAUUCAAUCACAGGCUUCUCUAUGAUUGUAGGAGGCACAGAAGUCAGCGCUGGGGAUGUGUAUUUGUUUUUUUUUUGUUUGUUUGUUUUUUGCUUUGAUGGCAGUUGCAAAAUGUUGUCUGAAUUUGUAAAGGGAAGUUUAAUAUGAAGGAUCUCAGACUGACAAGAGGCAAAACUUACGAGGCAAAUUGUGGUGGGGAACUUUGCAGCUCUUAUCAUGUCACUCUUGUAUAACAAAUCUACUGGCCUGAAUGAGUUAUAAAUUUGUGUGUGUGUAUACAUAUACCAGCUCUAGGCCCCGUCAAGUGUUAGUGCUCCCUUCUGCCUAUUACACUAUAUUACCAUUACAUAUACAACUAGCCAUUAACCAUGCAUAAACCAUAUAUACAUAAAUACACACAUGCAUUCUAACACACAAUUUCUUACAUACAUUGACAUGCACAAUGACACACAGUCCUAUGCAUAGACCUCAUUCUCAAUGAUUUAAACCUCCCAUUCCUCCUCCUGCAACUUUCCUCUGCUUACAUAAUGGGUAAAAUCUGAGGCAGCAUUAUCACUGUAUGUAAUAGUGGUGCACCAGCUUCCACAUCCCUGUAUUAAUGCACAGUAUAUAGUUAUUCUUUUUUGCAAUUUGAAAAUAAUGUAAGCAUUUGAGAUUGAAUUUUAAGGUGUGCCUCACAGUGAUGACUAUUGUCUGAUUUUGUAACUGUUUUGUCAUAUUUUCAAUGUAUUUAAGUCAGAGUAUUUUGUUUAGCUACAGAAUUAUGAGCAACCAAUGCUUGAAGUUGAAGGAAAUGUCCACAGAGUGGAGUUCUCCGCACAUUUAACAAAUGAGGUAAGACGCUGCUAAAUAUGUAUCAAAAUUAUUCAAGACUUACUUGUUGACUCUUAGACUAAAUAAUUUCUUUUAAAAGUUUAAGCCAACCAAAAAACAGUGUCAUAAACCACUGGUUUUGGUUAGGGUAACCCUUUCUGGGGUCGUCCACCUCCACAAUAUUAAAAUAAAUAAAUUAAACUUGCCUACCUUCCAUCGCUGAGUCCAAGUGCUCCCUGCAGUCCGAUCCUCGUUGCCCAAAGUCACCUUUCCUUUGUUUUCUUAUUGUACAUACACUGAAGUAUUGCAAGUACUUUUCUUAUUUACUCAUGUUUCCUCAUCUAUGUACAUAUCAAAAGCAGAUAUUAUUACUACUUAUAAAUUGCAAACAAAUUCUGCAGUGUUGUAGACAAGACAGGUAUUUGUAACAAAACAAGUUGGAUGCACAGAAACAGAGGGUGUUGAGCUCAAACAAGCUUACAUUCUAGAGGGAGUAUGGGAAAAGUAGUUUGCUAGAGUAGUUUACAAUGAAGGCUAAUUUUUUUGGGAUGACACAAUUGCAGGAGAGGAAUGAAAGUGGGUUACCAAGGUGUGUCGUGGGAAAGCUUUUAACUUUUUAAUUUAUGUGCUUUUGUAAAGAGGUGAAUUUUCAAACAUGUUUUGAAGGAACAGAGACUGGAUAGAGUCUAAUGGAGCAGGGAAGGGAAGGGAGUUCCAGAGGAACAGUGCAGUCCUAGAUAGGUCUUGAAGGUGAACGUCAGAGGUGAGAAUACAAACAUGAUAGACACAGGUCUACAGCAAAGCAUAGAGGCCUUGAUGGGACAUGUGUGUAUUAGUGACAGUAGGUAAGAGGAGUGUUGUGCAGAGAUCUUUAAGAAAACUUCAGAAUUUUAAUUUGAGCCCUAUAUCUUACGGGAAGCCAGUGUAGAGACUGACAGAUUGGAACGGCAUGGGCAGGUGCGGGAAAACAGGAAGAUGAGCAUCACCGCCUAAUUCAUUAUAGACUGUAAAGGGGCAAGUUGGGAACAGGUACGAUCACUGAGAAGCAGAUUGCAAUAGUCAGGGUAAGCGAGGGCAGCACGCACCAGCCCCUUAGCUGCAUCCUGUGUUAAAUAGGGAUAUGCUUUUGUGAUGGAAAUAUCAGGAUUUUCCACUUGACUGGGCAUGAGGGGUGAUGGAAAUGUCAAAGAUUACAUAGGUAGCAAGCCUGCCAGGUACAGCCAUUGACUUGGAGUUAGAAAAAGAAAUAUCCAGGCACACCUGAAUUUCUUCUAAAACAGUCUUUUUUUUAAUUUGAAACAAGGAAGUGGAGGCAAUGUUUCGGCUCCUCUCUGAGCAUUUAUCAAGUCUGGUGAGACUUAAAUUUCUGUUACGAUUUCUGAUAAAACUCUCCUUUUAUGCUGACAGAAACCAUAAAGAGGGACUGAUUACUUACAAUUUACUAAACAAGUCUGGCAUGGUUAUGUGCUAAUCACAGAAUUUUGUCUAGUUUGUCCACUAAAAGUAACUUUUUAUAUAGGUAAAAGGCCUUUUCUGUUCUUCUUUGUUUUCAGAUAAGAGUGUCUGCCUCUGAAUAUCCUCCUCAGGGAAAGGUGGAUGGAUCCAAUCCAUAGCCAGGCAAAAAGCUACAACACAUUUUUCUGAUGUUAAAAGGCUCUGUGAGUCUAUGAAGACGUGCAGUAUAUAUUUUUAAACAAGGCUGCAGUGGGGAAGCUUUACACCUUGCAUAAUUUGAUUCUGAAAUGUAUCAUGUAUAUACUGAUUCAAUUUAAAAACGCAAUGUCUAGCUCUGUAAAAGACAAGUUGAUGGAAAUUAAUCAAAGGAAGUACUUCUGUUGAAGGCAAUAUUACUACCUAUACUCAUACAAUGAUCUGAAACAGAGAUUGCAGAUCACUGUAUGAUAGAGGCAAAAAAACCAAAAUGAUUGUUCAAAGACCUCUUUUACAAAAGAUAAUAUUUUAUCAUAGACUAUCAGUAGAUUUAAAUAAUUUAAACCGUAAUAAUAAUAAAUCGAACUUUCCUCUGAAGUACAGUUCCUGUUCAGAAAUUAUAUGGAUCGAUGGGAAGAGGGGACAAGAAUAAAGCCUUAACAGCAACCACAUCAGGAUUAAACCUAGUUACUGUUUCCAUAGUUAUAUAUUUUCAGUCUGGUGACUUGGUUGAAAUCAGAAAUUCUUCAAACAAGUUACAAAAUUAAUCUUUUGCUUUCCAGUGCUGUGAUCUUUAAAGUGGCAUUGUCACCAAAAUUUGUCUAUGCACCAUCAUUUUUGACUUUACAAACUGCCUAUACCUCAUGUUGAUCAUUUUUACAUCUGUUCAGCCAUUUCUUCAAAAACAAAAAACUAAAUACGAAUUCUAGCAAAUCUUUACCUUGGGCAUGUUGGACACUGUAUCAUCAGUUUUUCAUUUUUCUGCACAGUGGAAAGCUGGGAAACAACCCAGCGGAUUGCAGUUUGUGAAUGGCUGUUAUCACAUACUCUCUACAGCCAUUUUUUUUAUUAUUUAAAUCAGUAGCUAUUUCUGAAGGAUUGAAAAAAAAAAUGUGAUGGAAUUCCAGGAAGACCAUCGCUACACUGAAAAACAGUCUUCAAGUGGUAAUUACAGUUACAUUGUUAUAGCUUGUCAUGAUAAAAGAAAUGUUGGGAUUAUUUUUGCAAACUGAUUUAUGAUAUAAAGAGAAUUUAAUUGACUAUGUUCCAGUAUUACUGUUUCAUGACUUGUUGGCUUUUGUUUUAUUUUGACCAAAGUGUUUUGAAAGCAGUUUGGCCUUUUAUUAAUUCCUCAAGGUCUUCUCCCUAGAAUAUAUAUAUAUAUUUUUUUUUUGUAUAAAAGGUAGCAUCUCUUCAUACCAUGCUGUACAACAACUUGUCUCUGCACUACCCCACAUCUGCUAGAUCAGCUGGUUCAUACUCCUCUUACUAUAGUCUGAUGGUCUCUUGUAGCAAAAGUGAAAAGGAAAGUCUAGGUUAAAAAUGCAUUUGAAGAAAGAUAAAAGGAACACUCCAAACACAACAACCACUACAGUGUUGUGUACUUGUAGUAGUUAUGGUGCCAAGAGUUCCUUGUGCCAGUGUUUUGAUUUGACUUUUUACCUGACGUCGGCUGUGCAUCAUUUGGGACCGCCCCCGACCCGCCUCCUUGGCAUACAUAGGAAAGCAUCGGAUUGGCUGAAAUUGUCAAUUCAGAUAAUCUCAGCAAAGGAGGCAGGUGGAGGCAGAGCCAAAUGCCACCCUGGCCAAUCAACAUCUCCUCAUAAAGAUGCAUUCAAUCAAUGUAUCUCUAUGAGGAACGUUCAGAGUUUCCAUGCAGGGCGUGGAGACACUGAAUGCCGGCACUGCCCCAGAAAACACCUCUAGUAGCCAUCUGAGGAGUGGCCACUGGAGGUGUCCCUUGGGAGAAAUCUCUUUAAAGACACUGUUUACUGCAAAAAGCCUGCAGGGACUGACUAUAUUCAGCAGAACAAAUACAUUAAGCUGUAGUUCUGGUGACUACAGUGUCCUUUUGAAUAGGAAUUGCUUAUUUAGCAUGCUGUUGUAUACUCCUGCUAUAUUUAGUUUUUUGGUAAACAAAUUUCAUUAAUCCAAGUUAAUUGAACUUGUGUUAAUCAUGUUUUCAUAGCUAAAAUGUUAUCAAAAAAAAAUAAAAAGUUCAGAAAAUAGACCAUAAUCCCACUGUUCUUCUGCAAAGCUAUCUAUACACAAUGAACACCUUUAAUUUAAGGGAACACAAUAGUGUUAGGAAUGAAAACCUGUAUUCCUAAAGUUAUAGUGUCCCUAAUCAUAUAUAAGUCCCACCCUUUUACAAAAAAAUUUUAUAAAAUAAAGUUUUACUCCCAUUUUUACAGUGCCAAAGCCUUUUGUGUCCCUUUAAGUUUUCUCCAAAUAUAAGCGAUUAACAUAAUAAACUGGAGAGAGUUCAAAAUGUAUUUCUACAUAGAUGGUGCAUAACAAAAUCAGUUCUGAUAGAACUGUUACACUAACCUGAAAAGUUAUUCUAAACAUGAAAUCUUCAUCUGUUUGCAUACAUUAAAGAUAACCAGCAAGAAUGAGUUUUACGUUUACAAAUCAUAUAAAUUGAGUGAGUCUUACGGACUAGUGAUUUAAAUCUUGACUAAAUCAACUUAUUGUAAAUCAAAUCCACCAUGCACAUGAGGCUACUUUGCACAAGCUGGCCAACUAACAGGAAAUGAGAUAAAGACUUGUAAGGACAUCAAUUAUUAUUAACAAGAUAAAAAAUGAGAAGGCGGUAAGGGCUGCGCCCAGGACUAGUAACAGUAGUAUACAGCAAUAAAUAGACCAAAUGGUCUAGAUAGUAGUACAACAACAAGUAUGUCUAUGCAAAUAAAGAAAAUGGUAGAGAAUAAAAAGUCUCACUAAAAUAACAGGAUAAAAUAGGGGUGUGAUCCUCAGGAGUUGAUCCGCCCAGUAGCGCUGGCUCUUCCCCCUUCUUGUGUUGUUCAUGGUCUCUAAUUCCCUCUAGCUAGCUGCUUUUUAACCUUUUUUUACUAUGUCUAUCUUUGAUUUUAGGAAUAAUUACAUUAUUGAUGUUGAAAAAUGUCUUUGAUACAGAGGUUAUUAGCGCAAUCCAAAUUAAUUACCCUAGUCGAAGCCAACAAGAUCUGUUUACAAAACUAGAAAAGUCACUCUAAAAAAAUAUAUUGAUGAGCAAAUUACACCCUGAAGCCUAAGAUUACUUAAACUGCCCACCUCUGACCAAGACGAUCUUGAAUUUAUGGAGGAAUGGAAUAAUAAAUUAGAAUUAUGUACCCUUGGCCUAAUGGAAACGUUAAUAGUUAAAAAAAAGCGUAAAAAACUAUAAAUUUUGGACUCAGAAAUCAAUUACCUCAGGGAAAACCUACUACUACCCUUCACUGAGACCAAGGCAUAUAAACAAAACUAUAUAUUGAUCCUUCUCAUUUUUUAUCUUGUUUUAUUACGGGUCUUGAGGGAUUCCCUUUUUUUGGGUUGCUGUCCCUCAGUUUGUUAUCUAGCGCUGACUCUUCCUCCUUCUUGUGUUGUUAAUUAUUAUUAACAACUUACUUAUACAGGAGACAAAAGUAGAUAUGCACACACUAAAUGGAGAAAUAAAUGGGUUGGGCUUUCAGUGAAGUAAAUGAAAAGGGAAUAUAUGACUAUUAGUUAUAUGUGAAACUAACUUUCCUGGUACAGUAACCACUAGAGUGGAUUGUAGUGGUUAUAGUGUUUGGAGUGUUCCUUUAAACACAGUCAAUCCAUGACCCUGUAUGACUUGGGCACUUUUUAUCCUGCAUUCAAAAAGAAUCAGAAUACAAAAAAAAUCCCCAUUUACUUCUAUAAUUCCUAUAUGGGAUUUAUAACUUGGUCCAAAAUUAGCUUUUUAGUAACAAUUACAUCUAUUCAAUUACCCACUUGCAAGCCAUCAAAAUUGCUGCACAGUAAUGCUCUUUUGGAACAUCUACAUGCAGGAUACUUCUGUUGUGUCAGGCAACCUUUCACACACAUACAUACAUCAUUUUAUAUUCCUAUUUAAUCCGUGUCUGAUCAAUGAAGAAUUUUGAUACACUAGAAGUAUGACUAGAGAGAAGUAGAACUUUGCAAAAGAAACCUAAUUUAAUUUAAUUUGUAACCAGUAGUAAUAUAUUCUCUUUCAUCUUAUUUAUAUAAUUAACCGAUAGGUUAUCCAUUUGUUUGUUCCUAAUUUUAUUUUGUAGUGUGUUGUAUGAUAUAGGGUGGAGAUGUGUGUGCAUAACUGCUUUUAUCUGCUGUAUAAGCUUAUUAAAUAUUUUAUUAAAAGGCUCAAAGAUUGAUGUUCUUAAUGAGAGUAGGAUAUUCCCUGUAUCCCCUUUUUCAGUUUUGUAAUAUUGUUUGGGUUAUGUCUUUACUGAGGGAUCCUUUUCUUUGAUUCACCGAAUUGGGUUCAUUUAAUAUUUCAUCUUUGAACACAUAUUCCUAAGGUAGGCUUGAAAAUGUAACUUGUUUUUAGAAGGUUUGCAGGCAGGCUGUGUGGCUAGGACUGCAGAAAGUAAUUUAACACAAAAAUGGCAGUUACCUGAUCAUUGAGAAUUUAAUGGCAUGUUAUAUAGAACAAAGAGGUGAAAAUACUUAAAGGGACUCUCCAGUGCCAGGAAAACAUAUCCGUUUUCCUGGCACUGCAGGACCCUGCAGUGCCCCUCUCCCUCCCACCCUCCAUCCCAUGUUGCUGAAGUGGUCCCCCAUGCCCCAUAAACGGGCUGCGAAGCUUGAACAAAUUGGUAGCAUACAUUGUUCUCAGUUCUUCAAACUAGCAAAUCGAACUGGAGAGGCUAUCACUUCAGCCAAAAAGAUUGGUGAAAUCCAGGCAUAGUCCCUUUAAUUGUUACCUAUCAUGAAUACAAAUUCCUAUACAUCGUGCUAGCAGAAUUACUAACAAAUGAGUAGAUUUCUCUAAAAUCCAAUCCAAUCUGUACCAAACCUGUGCCAAUCAGCACAGAGAUAAGCAGGCUGUGCUCUGCAUGUCUGUUAUCAGGGAAAGUCUUCAGAGUGUCUCUCCAGCUUGAAUCCAGACUAUGGGAAAGCAGUGUCUGUGAGGUAAAGUGUAGGGAAAGGGCAGGCUCUAUGCAAGGAGACAAACAACUAGAAUGGUAUUUUGCAACAGAUGUGGACAUUUAAUCUGAGAAUGGAGAGCGAAAACAGAUACAUUUUAUUUACACAAAGCCAACAUAAAAUGUUGUGCUCCCCAAACAGGGGUAUGCAGGAGAGGUGUGUUAUACAGCAAGCGUAACACUCACUGAAAACAUGAUUGAUUGGCCUCAGCAGGAAAUAGGGAUAAUGGAAAUAAAUUAAAAUAUGAGCUUAUAGGAUGGAGGUAAGAGACAAUUGUAAAACAUGAGUCAAGCCACAUGAUUAGAAAACUGCAAACAUAUAUCUGUCAUGACAGGUUCACUUUAAAGAGUUUGAUUAGUGCUCAGUUCACUGCCCUUUUUUAUUUUAGGUAUUGACUCCACUCCAAAUCUAAACAAAGAGUUUACUGACCCACUCUUCUCCCUAUGCAUGCUUUACCUGGAUUUUAGAUGCCAAUAUAUCUAGACAGAACUAAGGAGUAAUUGCUUGGUAGAAUCCAUGUUGACAUCCCUUUCCACUGUGGUGGCAAUUUAUUAAUGUCUUUUCAAUUUGUGAAAAUACAUUAAAUAAAAUGACUGCUAAGACAAACAUACGCUGCAGUACUUGUUAAACACAUCCAUGCAUGUUAUUUUAUUUUUUGGUGGGGGGUGGUCACAGCACAGACUCCCUCCUUGACAUCUUAUUAGUUAAUGUCUGAUAUAAUGGCUACUUAUGGACAGCACACAUCAUCGCUGACAAGCUAUUUAAAAUAUUUUAUUUUUCAAUAUCAGUUCUGUCUCAUCUGUGUGUCUGCCUGAAUCCUCCUUCCUGUGUUUUCUACCCCAUAAGGUUUAUGUCUUUUGUCAUAUCUUCCUCACGUGUGUCUCUCCACAUCUCGUUCCUCACGUGUGCCUCUCUUUCUUUCUCGUGUGCGCCUCUUUCUCCCCCAUUUUCUAUCUCACUCGUGCUUCUUCUGCCUUCAUCUUUAACCUCACAUCGCUUCUCUUUCCCCAUCUCUCCCUCACCUCCUCCUCAAGCCUGUACUGAAAAGGGAGCGUCAACUUGACGGCAGCAGUCAUGUAGUGGGAGUUUAAGGUAAAAACUAAAAUAUGAACAAUUAAUAUCACAUUCAAAGGAAGAUGACAUUCAAUCAUUCAUAUCUCACUUUAGACUGGGGCUGCAUGUUAAAUGGCCUGUCAACUCACUGCCACUUCCAUAGGAUGCCAAGAGUUCUAGCUUUCUUUAGACAGUCCAGCAUUUUGGCAUUUUACCUCUGUAUAAAUGGGUCCUGGGACCCCUCUUGCUUUUUGAAAUCUGCCCAGAAAUUUAAAUCUGUCAGGCAGACUUCAGGAUGCAGGAGGGGACAGAGUAUUAGGACCAUGCACAAAGCGCUUCACCUGCACUCAGUGAAUGAUCUGCUUUGGGGGCGCAGUCUUCCCGCCUACUUUAGGGGAGGUCCUGGACACUUUUUGGGUGCGACUGCCCAUAUUACAGGAAGGUCCACACUUCUGCAGCCUUCUAUCUUGCCUGCCCACCACUGUCCCAGAAGGUAGGCAGGCAAAAUUGUCAGGUAUACUCUCAUGAAGGGAUGUUAUAUACAGAUCACUCUGUAUUUAAAAGCUGCAAAGAAAUAAGGUAGAACACUUAAUUUGUAUCUCUGCAGUGUAGAAGUAUUUUUUAUUUUGUAAAGAGGAAUCUCCUGUACUGUAAUCAAUGUAAGAGAAUGUCAGGAAAAAAACUGUGCAAGUUUAGUGUUCGAUGGGGAAAGGUUAUGUUUGUUAUUUAAUUCUUAAUUCACUUACAAAUAAGUGGCCCACAAGGGCCAUGUUGGAUGAAGAUGGCAAACAUUUACUAAAUUAAUUUGAUAAAUUCAUUUAACGGAAAUCAAGCAGUGUCAUGACUAAUAUUAGAUCAACAGCCAAUCUUUGUAAGUCUUGAGCAAGCUUGUUUCCAUAUACACCCAUAUACACAGAAAUAGCAAUACGUAUUAUAGUGUGUGUGUGUGUGUGUGUGUGUGUAUAUAUAUAUAUAUAAACUAUAUAAAUGCAAAUGUAAAAAGUUCCUAAAAUCUAGUGGUGGUGCUACAAUCACCUUCGUGGGCCACACUACCACAAAUAAAUCAAGUGAACAAUAAAAGCAAAUAAUGGUGAGAGCACUCAAAAUAAAUAAUUAUACCCACAAUGCAGUCACUCAAUCUAAAAUGAUAAACCAAUAGAGAAAGUUCAUUCAGGAUGCAGAAUGUUUAAUUUAUUUCCUAUCAAUUGGAACAAUACAUUUUUUGUAACCCCCUACAUUCUGCGUCCUGAAUGAACUUGGAGGUACCAGAUACAGAAUAUUUGGAAGUUCCUGCCAGAAGUCCUUUAAACCAUUUAUUCGAGGCAUGCAGUUUGAGCCAGCUUGUUAAGUGGCUCUAUAUAUGUGAGUGAGACCAACACCUGUUUUUUAAUUAUUUUAUCCAAACUAUAUUACCCUAUGUCUUUCUCUCUUGGUUUAUCCUUUUAGAUUGACUGACUUCAUUGUGGGUAUAAUUAUUUAUUUUGAGUGCUCUCACCAUUAUUUGCUUUUAAUAAUAUAUAUAUAUAUAUAUAUAUAUAUAGCGCUAGGUCUGGAAAUAUUUGGAAACGGACACAAGUUUUGUUAUUUCGGCUGCUAAUCAAAAUAACUUCAACUUACAGUUAAAUAAUGAAUAUGGACUUAUUUGGCUGUAAUUUGAGGGUAUUCCCAUUCAAAUUGGAGGAUGGGUUUAGGAAUUACAGCUCUUUAAUGUGUAGCCCCCCUUUUUUUCAAGCAACCAAAUGUAAUUGGACAAUUGACUCAAAUACUGUUUCAUGGACAGGUGUGGGCUAUUUAUUUGUUAUUUCUUUUAAAUUAAGCAGGUAAAGGGUCUGUAGUUAAUUCCAGGUUUGGCAGUUGGAGGCUGUUGCUGUGAACCCACAACAUGCUGUCAAAGUAGCUUUCAAUGCAUGUGAAACAGGCAAUUCUUAGGCUGCAAGACCAAAUAAAUCCAUCAGAAAAAUAGCAGGAACAUUAUUAGUGGCCAAGUCAAUCACCUAAUUUCCACCUGAUCGAGCAUUAAUUUCACUUGCUGGAGACAAAACUGAACACUGAAAGACCCACAAACAAAUAACAACUGAAGACAGGGGUAAAGGCCUGGCAAAGCAUCACAAAAGAGGAAACUCAGCAUUUGGUAAUGUCCAUGUGUUCCAGACUUCAAGCAGUCAUUGCCUACAAAGGAUUCCCAACAAAUAAUUACAAAUUAACAUUUUAUUUAUGAUUGUGUUAAUUUGUCCAAUUACAUUUGAGCCCCUGAAGGUUUCAUACGAUAUUUAUGUUCAAACCCUUGAAUUGAACCUGAAGGUGUGCACUUCAGCUACAUCUCUAUUGUUUCAUUUCAAAACCAUUGUGGUGACAUACAAAGCCAAAAUUAUCCAAAUAAUUAAUUUAAUAAAUUUUGUGUGUGUGUGUGUGUGUGUAUAUAUAUAUAUAUGAAACCAAGAGGGCUGCACUCACCUGAACAUGCAUACGUUAUAGGGUGCUGCUGGGGCCAAAAUAUACAAAAUACACAAUCCUGCGCACUUGCUUAUUCACUAAAGAAUUAUUUCAAAUCUUACAGAUUGUGGUAGUUUUAUUUAAAAACACCUCACCUAGACAAAAAAGAAUGGCGGUUUAGUUACAUUAUAUGAUCAUAUAUGGCAUAAGCCUGCCUCAACAUCAAUGUACCCCAUUCUUGGCAGGCCCUACUCCAUUAGCAAUACAUGUACCAGAGUACUGAUCUGUAUUGCUUCAGACCUGAGGAAGAGAGGAAAACUCUUGAAAGCUUGUCUUUGAAAUAUUAUGUUAGUCCAAUAAAAAGGUAUCAUUGCAUACUGCAAAAAAAUUGUAUUGUGGCAUCGUCUACGGGACUAAUACGGCUAAUCCAGUCUACACUAAAUAUCAAUUUAUAAAAAAAAAAAUGCUAGUGAGUUUUGUGAUUAUUUUUUGAAAUGUUUAGUAAAAUUUGACAGUAAAUUUUACUUGUUGUUUCCUUGAAAAAUUAUUGGGAAUGCUUUGUGAAGUAUUAUUGCCGAAAUAUAUUCAUGUACUGUAAAUCUAAUUUUCAACCUGUUCCAACAGAGUUUUAUGGACCAAAUGUUCUAACUGAUCCCUCGUUUGCUUGAAGCCCCAUUCUCCGCUUGUCGUGUCAACCUACUGGACAGAAGUAUGUUGAGUGCAGUGUGUCUUCACUCAAUUUCUCAUCGCAUUAAGCAUUAUAUUUUUCAGCCUGAUACAGCCAAUAUUUGAUAUCUUCAUACAUGAACUUUACUGUACAUUUCAAUACUUGCAGCAAAAAUAUAAUUGAAACAUUUUGUCUUUUUAUUAUUACGGAGAUAAAUCCUUUAUGUGAAAUGUAGUUUUGAAAGCUGUAAGAAACGUGUCUCCCUUCUUCCAGAUUAUUAGCGUUCUGCAUUUCCAACAGUAUUUCUUUCAUUAUGUUUUGUUUUUCUGAUCUCAUCUUUUUAUUUUUUAUUUUAUCUUACAAAAUAUUUAUUUUGCUUCCAUAGGUUUAUGAUAGAAUUAUGAGUGUGAAAGCAAGUACCAAAGAGAAAAUGUUGCUUAGGUUUAUUCCAGAGCCUCCCAUAAAUUAUAUUCGUAUGUGAACCAUGUAAAUUAUAUUUUUAACACAAACAUGCCUAUAUACAUGCAUGCUAUGUAAACAUGUCUUAUAAAACAUCUGUUUAUGGAAUCGUUUAAUUUUUCUUGCUAACAACUAGAAAGAAAGGGAGCCUUUAAUCUGUUUCUAAAUAUAAAUAAUAUUGGAUAAAAUAAAUGACAUUUUGUUCACUUGUGUUUAAAAACCCAUUUAAGCAUUUGCGAAUAAUGAGUCAUAACAAAUUACAAUUUGUGUAUAAACUUACAUGGGAUACUGCUCAUUGCUAACCACUAAAUUACAUGCAUGGCUUCAUUACUCUCCUUAUUUUUAAGCUUUUAAAAUACCUUAUUGUUUAGGAAACCAUACACUGAUUUCUAAAUAAAGUGUUUUGGAUGAAAGCUUGUAAUGUGUGAUCAACCAACAGGUGAUCAAUUUGAACCCCGAUAUCACAUUUAGACACAUGGAUUUCUACAAGAUCAAUAAAACCAUAAAUUAUGGCUACUUUAGUUCAACGCAUAUCAUUACUCCCAGGUACGGCAUUAUAUAAGUCAUAGAAUGGAGCACUAAAUGGUUAAAUAUAAGACAUUCUGCCUUAAAGGGAAAAUUAAAACAAAAUUAUGUUUGAAUAUAGUUAAGCAUCCUGUUAUAUCUUGUUUCAUAUAGUUGUCACUUUCCACAAUAUUUUAACUGUCAUAUUCUUUGAAUAAACCAAUUAUGUGGAUGAUUUUACAA